AGUUAUCUUAUCCACAGGGUGAGGACGACUGGCUCGCCCCAUCCAUCGCCCGCCGAAUGUAUCACAUUAUUUAUUGAUUUAUAAUUCUAUUGGAUUGUAUGCCUAGUAGUGUUCUCUCUCUGCACCCUAAUGUUCUGCGCCUUUAGCAUUUGUUGAAAGCUGUGGUUCAAUGGCAACCAUUGUCUCCUGCCAGUGUAGUUCUUCUUUGUGUAUCCCCAGACGGGUCGGCCUGAACUUACCCACCGGCCGGUUCCGCUUGGCAAACGCUCGGAGCAGUGUUUUGGUUAGGAGAUUUGGCCUCAAAUGUUGUUCUUCCGAGACCUCUCGUCGAUUUCAGCCGCAGAGUAAGCAGAAAGGAUGGUCCUCCUUAAAGGAAUGCGCAAUCUCUAUAGCUUUGGCAGUUGGGUUGAUAACAGGAAUACCUGCAUUGGAUUCAUAUACUGCCUAUGCAGCUAGUCCAGCAUUGCCCAAUCUGUCUGUUUUAAUCUCUGGCCCACCAAUUAAGGAUCCAGGAGCAUUGUUGAGAUAUGCUCUGCCUAUUGAUAAUAAAGCCAUUAGGCAGGUUCAAAAACCACUUGAAGAUAUUACAGAGAGUCUCAAAAUUGCUGGAGUCAAGGCACUUGAUCCUGUGGAGAGAAACUUAAGGCAGGCAUCACGGGCUCUGAAGCAGGGCAAAACUCUAAUUAUUUCAGGAGUAGCAGAAUCAAAGAAGGACCAUGGGAUGGAGUUGCUCGACAAGCUUGAAGCUGGAAUGGAUGAGCUUCAACAAAUUGUUGAAGAUAAGAAUAGAGAUGCAGUAGCAUCUAAGCAAAAGGAGCUGCUUCAAUAUGUUGGGGGUGUUGAAGAGGAUAUGUUGGAUGGCUUCCCAUAUGAAGUACCUGAAGAAUAUCAAAGUAUGCCUCUAUUGAAGGGCAGAGCAACUGUGGAUAUGAAGGUCAAGGUUAAGGAUAAUCCUAACAUAGAUGAAUUUGUCUUCCAAAUAGUUUUAGAUGGCUACAAUGCCCCAGUAACUGCUGGGAAUUUCGUAGAUUUGGUGGAAAGGCACUUCUAUGAUGGCAUGGAAAUUCAGAGAGCGGAUGGCUUUGUUGUUCAAACUGGAGAUCCUGAGGGCCCUGCAGAGGGUUUCAUUGAUCCCAGUACAGAAAAGACUCGUACAAUUCCAUUGGAAAUCAUGGUGGUUGGGGAGAAAAGGCCACUCUAUGGAGCAACCUUGGAAGACCUUGGUCUGUACAAGUCUCAAACAAAACUUCCAUUUAACGCGUUUGGAACAAUGGCAAUGGCCAGAGAUGAAUUCGAGAACAACUCUGCCUCAAGCCAGGUAUUUUGGCUAUUGAAAGAAAGUGAAUUAACCCCUAGUAAUGCAAAUAUAUUAGAUGGGCGGUAUGCAGUGUUCGGGUAUGUGACAGAAAAUGAAAACUACUUGGCAGAUCUCAAAGUUGGGGAUGUCAUUGAGUCAAUUCAAGUAGUCUCUGGCCUAGAUAAUCUGGUCAAUCCAACCUACAAGAUUGCUGGCUAAGGCACGCUGUAAUACCAGUACCGGUUGGCCACUUAAAACAAAUUUAUUUAUGCUUCAUCUGGUUCUAAUUUUUAGCAGAUUAGUUUAUUCAGUGAUUAUCUGUGCUCCAUUUUGAGAGAGAUCUAGUUGAGAAUGUAUUCUUCAGAAUUUUUUUUGUUGUGCAACCCUUCUCAUUUUCACUUGAUUCUUCAUGAAUGUGAUUUUAUAGGGUGAAUGCAUUCCCAGAAA